UCAUUAAAAAUAAAAGGCAAGAUCUUCAAUUUUAAAACAAUUUAUCCCACGAAUUAGUAGUCUCUAUUAUAUAUAGACUAGCAUGUUCGAGUUCCUAACAUACAAAGUACAAAAACACACAUUAAAAUCAAAAAAGACCGAACCUUCUCAAAAAAAAAGAAGAAAAAAAAUGUCGGAACAAACACCAAUCUCUGAUCCUUACGCUUAUCUUAACAUGGUAAAGAAUCCAGAUGGUUCAAUCACUCGCCUCCCCAGCAACCGCCCAUGCACCGCAGCCACACCUGAUCCUUCCCCUCAAAACCCCGCCGUUUCAAAAGAUCUUCCCGUGAACCACUCAAAGUCGACGUGGCUCCGUCUCUACGUCCCCACCUCCGCCGUAACCGACGGCGUUGUUUCGUCUCAGAAGCUCCCCGUCGUUGUGUAUUACCACGGCGGAGGAUUCGUCAUGUGCAGCGUAGACUUUCUAUGCUUCCACGAAUUCUGCUCCGAGAUGGCGCGUGAUCUCAACGCCAUCGUCGUUUCUCCUUCUUACCGUUUAGCUCCGGAGCACAGAUUACCGGCGGCGUACGAAGACGGUACCGAGGCGCUGGAGUGGAUCAAAAAAUCCGACGACGAGUGGAUCAAAUCACACGCCGAUCUCUCAAACGUGUUUCUCAUGGGAACAAGCGCCGGUGGGAACUUGGCCUACAACGUCGGGUUAAGAUCCGCCGAUUCCGUCUCCGAUCUGAGUCCGUUACAGAUCCGUGGACUGAUCCUGCACCACCCGUUCUUCGGCGCGAAAGAGCGGUGCGGGUCUGAGAUCAGGCUCGAGAACGACCAAAUCUGCCCUCCCGUAGUCACCGACGUAAUGUGGGAUCUGUCUCUUCCCGUCGGCGUUGAUCGGGAUCACGAGUAUUCGAAUCCGACGGUGGGAGAUGGAUCUGAGAAUCUGGAGAAAAUCGGACGGUUGGGAUGGAAAGUGAUGGUGAUUGGAGGAGAACUAGAUCCGAUGGUAGAUUGGCAGAGAGAUGUGGCGAAGCUGAUGAAGAAGAAGAGAGUUGAAGUGGUGGAGCAAUUUAACGGCGACGAUGGUCACGGUGCUGAGAUCAUGGAUCCUUCUAAGCGUAAAGCUCUGUUUGUUUCCAUCGGAAGUUUCGUUUCCUCCUCCUCUGCUCCGUAACCGUUUCUUUACUUUUUUUCCUUUUUUAAUUUCCAUAGAAUAUAAUAGUAAGUAAUAUCAAAGGCCCAAUUGAUGAUUACCUUACAAAUUAGUAAAACAAAGAGCCCAAUAUAUGUAAGCCCAUAAAAUUUUAUGUACCCAUACUAAAAAAGAUUAUCACUAAAAAAUCGAGUUCUACCAGUCACACUUCAACAA